UGAUUUGAGUCGGCGCAGAAGAGCGCGUAAAUGAAAAACGAAGAGAACGCAGGAGAGUCGAACGGUAAAUCGGUGGCAGCAAAAUAAACUUUUAGAAUCGCCAGCAAGAGCCGUCUUAAAACUCCGAGGAAAAAAAAAAGGCGGCGUCGCAUUGGCGGCCUGACUGUUAAAUCGAAGAACACGAAUAACAACAAUCGCAAGAGGAUGAGCAGGAGAAGUGGAAACCAGGAGUCGAGCUUGAAAUCGGAGAAGAUGCAGCGCUACUACGCGGAACGGGAGACCACAGGACCCGAGUUCGACGAUCGCCUGAUAAAGCUGGUGCGCGCAAAUCCGGCCAUCUACGAUGUCAGCCAUCCGCACUAUCGUCGCAAUCCGGUCAGAGUGGAUAUAUGGGAUCGCAUUGCCAACGAACUGGGCGCCUCCUCUCGAUUCCUGCAAACCAAGUGGAAAAACAUACGCUACAACUAUCUGCAGGAGGUGAAGGCAAUUGAGACGGGCCAAACAAAUCCGAAUGUGCGCAAGCGACGCUUCACCGAGGAUCUGUCCUUCCUGCAGAACACUGCCCAGACCUAUAAUGUGAAGAAAUCCCAGAGCUUCGUGGCCCCGCAGAAUGGAGGGGGCAGUGACAACGACAGCAACAGCUUCCUAUAUCCCGAUCCGGAGCACCUAAAGAUCGACGCCUCCGAGGGCUACGACAUCAUUGAACUGGACAACAGCGAGGAUGGCGAGAACAGCGACGACAACGAGAUUGUGCCGGAACUGCAGCUGGUCAUGGCGGAGGAGGAGCCCAAGCUGGAACAUCAUUCCCUGCCGACGACACUCAAUGGCAUCCACAACAGUAGCAGCGAUCACAGUCACGAACGCGACUCGCCGGCCUCCUCGCCGCUGCUCACGCCCAUGGUGGUCAUGGGCAAUGGCUACGACCAGGACCAGGUCGUGCCAGCCCCCAAUCCGAAGCAGGAUCCGAAACAGCUCAAGAACAGCUCGCUGUCCAACGGCGAGGUGACCAUCGAACCCAUUUACAAGCCUGCGGCCACGAGACGCACAUUACCCAGCGACUUUCUGAGCAAUCCCUUCAAACGCAAGGCCGCCGAAGCGCCGCUCCUUCAGUCCCAGGUGACGACGACGCCCUACAGCGAUCCCAUCGAGCUGUACUGCCUGUCGCUGGUGGACACACUCCGCAGCAUGCCCAGGUCGGAGCGGGAACGGGUCAAGUUCGAGUUCGCCAGCAUUCUGAAGGACGCCAAGUACAAGGACGAGUCCUAAGCAUUACGUACAAUUCUCGAUUAGUCAACUCCUAGUGGUAAACAACGCACUCAACACACACACUCAUUUGUUUGCACUCCGUUUAUGUAUUAUUACACUUACAUAUUUCUUUUAGUACCGCGUUCGCGUCUUAGGCUAAGUCUAAUAUAGUUUUGAAUUAAGAUGAGGCGAUAUGUGUCCAUAUCUAUUCAGUUGUAUCAACAAAGACCCGAAAUAAAUUAUGCACAAAAUAAGAAA